AUGGUAAGGCAAAGAAAAGUUGCCAUUUCCCAGCACAAACACGCAAACAAUAACGAAACGAACAGUAGUUCUGGAGGUAGUGAUACAGCGGAUACCAGUCGUGCAUUUAAACUCUUAUCUAUUUGGAAAACAGGUGUCGGUUUCUUUUGCCUUGUUGUCGCUAUUUACGUCGGCGUCUUAGGCUAUCUAGAGACCCGCGUAAACACACCUUUCGACGAUGAAAAGGCAGUUCAGGAGACGGGUCUUAUGGUGCCUGACCGAUAUUGGGGAACAUACCGACCCGGUGUAUAUUUCGGUCUCAAGAGCCGAGAACCUCGUUCGCCAGUUUUCGGUUUGAUGUGGUACGAGCUCGGGGCAGCCCAUAAGGGUAUCAGACACUGGUGUGAGCAGAGUGAUAAUUUACCCACAUACGGCUGGCAACGCCACAACGGCUUCACGUUUGGUGAACAACAUAUAUCGGAUCCACCUCAUCAGAUCAUCACAUCCUUUAUAAAGACUAUGGGAGGCGAACACGGAGGACAUUGGACUGCAAGAAUUAAUGUCACAACUACAAAUAAGAAACCGACCACAGUGGGCAUAAUAUGGUAUGGGGCAUUAGACGAAUCCCUUGGGCCGGCGGCUCCGCAUUCUCGUCUGUGGGUGGAAAGUGGGGCACUGUUGGGUCACACGCCUCAGCUUCAGAACUUUAGAGUGAAUUUUGUGCCUCAUACAGGCAAAGUCCUUCAUACUUCCUACUCUGAAGCAGUGGCACCAGGGCUGCAUCUCCUCAAGGAGAAGUUUUAUUCAUUGCUAAAACCCAGUAAGGAGCGUUAUGGCCGCCUCGGACAGCUGGCUGUGUUGGAAGCAGAUCCCAAGCUGACUGAGAAGGGUGUCUUCGCUAAUUUCGUACCAAUUCAAAUGAUAGUCGAGACACCGUUUAUACUUGACGUUGUGUAUACCACAGAAGACCUGCCGACUCCUCCAUUAAAAGAGGAUGAAUAUACGAAGGUUUUAGAAGAGAAAAAGAAGUCAUUCGACGAAGAGUUUGAGGAGAACUUCAAGUUGUUGAAGAAAGGAUAUUCUGAUGAAGACGUGAAUAUCGCCAGAGCAGCGAUGUCGAACAUGAUCGGCGGCGUGGGGUAUUUCUACGGAGCGGGUCGGGUUCAAUCCCAAUACACACGAGAGCCAGUGCCUUACUGGCGCGCGCCGCUGUACACCGCAGUACCCAGCAGAUCGUUCUUCCCGCGUGGGUUCCUGUGGGACGAGGGCUUCCACGGGCUGCUGAUCGGGCGCUGGUCUCCAGAAAUCCAGCUGGACAUAGCAGCGCACUGGCUUGACCUCAUUAACGUUGAAGGCUGGAUUCCACGGGAGCAAAUAUUAGGAGUGGAGGCGCUGGCGCGGGUGCCGAAGGAGUUCGUGGUGCAGAGCAACGCGGCCGCCAACCCGCCCAUGCUGCUGCUGCAGCUGGCCGGCCUGCUGCGCGCUCGCCCGCAGCUGUUCCAGCACGGCCGCUACAGGCACCUGCUCGACCGCAUGUUUCCCAGGUUGCAGGCCUGGUACCAGUGGUUCCAGACCACCCAGAAAGGCGAGGUACCAACAUCGUACCGCUGGCGGGGCAGAGAGGACGACGGUCUCCAGUUGAACCCCAAAACUCUUACCUCGGGCUUGGACGAUUAUCCUAGGGCUUCUCAUCCAUCAGAUAUCGAGCGUCACGUGGACUUGCGCUGCUGGAUGUACGCUGCUGCGGACGCCAUGGCCACCAUAGCGGAAGUGCUGCAAAGGGACACCUCCAAAUUCGAAGCGACUCGGGACCAGCUCGGAGACGAGGCUCUACUCAACGAACUGCAUUGGUCGCACCACACGCAAACCUACGCGGACUACGGUCUUCACACAGAUGGCGUAAAACUUGUCCGGCAGCAACCGAAGGCGCCGAACGAAUCGCCUAAAGUCGUCCGGAGCGUUACGGUGCCGCCGAAGCCGCGAUUUGUCACGUCAGCAUUCGGUUAUGUUUCCUUGUUUCCAAUGCUGCUUAUGGUAUUAAAACCGGAUAGUGACAAACUUGGCAAGAUUCUGGAGGAUCUGGACAAACCUGAAUUGCUGUGGUCGCCAUUUGGACUAAGGUCGCUGUCGAAGGCGUCGCCGCUGUACAUGCGGCGCAACACGGAGCACGACCCGGCGUACUGGCGCGGCCAGGUGUGGCUCAACGUCAACUUCCUGGCGCUGCGCGCGCUGCGCCACUACGCCGCCGCCGGCCCGCACGCGACGCGCGCGCGCGACCUGCACGCGCGCCUUCGCGACGCACUCGUGGGCAAUGUUCUGUCUGAAUACAAACGGACAGGAUACCUCUGGGAGCAGUACUCUGCAGAAGAUGGCAGGGGUUCCGGAUGCAAACCCUUCACUGGUUGGACAGCACUCAUUGUACUUAUCAUGGCUGACGAGUACUAA